UUUUUCCUGAUUUCCCUCGUGCCGAUUUUUCAACUCGUAAAAAUUGUAAUCUGUGCUUUCAAAAAAAAUAAUUUCUAUACACACGAUAACUCUCUCUUUAAAUACAAACAAAAGCCAUCGACUUGAAAUUUUGCAAACUUGAACUUUGGACUAAAAGACUACUGUAACAUGGUUGUCCAAAGGACUCGCAUGGGUGUGGACGAGGCCGCACCAGCAGGAAAGCCAGAACCUAUGCACCAGUAUCGCCGAUUGAGCUUGGGAUUAGCACUCAGCCUCACCUUGGACAACCUUACCGCGGCAGGACAGAUAAGCAACGAGAUUGCUUCAAAGACCCUUGUGCAAUAUGACGUCCACAUGAGUGGACAACUGGCCAAAGCGACGCCACGGGUACGAUUCGCUUCAAAGGACGUUGCAAAUUUCAGGGAGCAUAACAACGUGUACGAGUGCUUGAUCAAGAACACGAACAUCAGAAUUACCGGGCUCAACUCUUCCAUCGACACCACGGUCAUCACCACUGUCGACGAGAUCCUUCUUGAAAUGCAUCCCUCCGCCGGAAUCAAAAAACGUGUACCAUCAUCAUUCUUGACUCGACCUGUGCAAUAAAUUUGCAAAUUUCAAGGAGCGCGUCAUGUCAGAUUUAUUCUUUUGUCAUUCCUCUCAUUAAACUUAUUAGUACAGUUUUGCUUAGCCAGAACCAGGAUUAAUUAAUAAACCCAUGUUCGUUAGUAGUUUAUUAUAAA